GUUUGUUUAAGUGAACUAUAUUCUAUUUUUUCAGCUACAACGAGAUAUAUUCAUUGCGACAAUUGCAAUAAGUUGUAUGCCGGCAACAUAAUAGAGGAAAGUUCUAAACAGUGGACAGUGAAAAUCGAACAGAGAAGGAGUCCUCCGUACCCGAGCCAAAUAGCCGAAUAUCUCGAUCGUUUUGUGGUAGGACAAAAGCAGGCUAAGAAGACACUUGCGGUCGGUGUGUAUCAACACUACAGACGGCUCGAACAUAAUAUUGAGAGUGGAGCUGCUUCUAUUCAUCAAAUCAAAGAGGACGUGAAAAAUACCCCAAGAGGAGUUUUAUAUCAACAAGUCCCAUCAAUGCAAACUCCCCCUGCAAGACGAGCGCCGCCAGUAUUUCGAGCAAUCCCGGACAAGGAACCAGUUGUCAGACUUGAAAAGUCCAACAUCUUGCUUAUUGGUCCAUCAGGAGUCGGCAAGACUUUCCUCACCCAAACUUUGGCA